CCUUUAAAUAGGAAACACAUGGUAUGGAAGUCUUAUAAGCUAACUUUUGAUUUCGUUUAGGCGAAAAAGAGUUCUUAUUACGUCAUGCUGUUUAAACAAACAACUUUUUUGUCUCCUGAAGUUACAUGUCAUAUUUAAAAAGCAAAUCAUCAUCAUUAUGGCCUCCCAGUGGGACAUGAGUGCAUGGUAUGCCCACCCAGUCUACACCCGCUACUGGCAGCAUUACCAGCUAGCCAUGAGCUGGCAUCGGAGGCACUGGCGGGCAUACAACAAGGCCUGGCGAGCUGCUUAUGGCCCUGCACCUUACCCUGUGUUCCCAGCAUUUGUACCCGCUAUGCAGACUGGCAUACUGGGGAGAAGGGUGUGGAAAGGCCAAGAGCAUGCAAGGGGGUGGGGUGGAAGGGAAAAGAGGGUGGAAGAGGAGGAAGGUGACUCUAACAGCGAGGCAGAGAACGAGGAGUCGUGGAGCUCAGAGGAAGGCGAGAUCGAGUGCGAUGUCAGCAACAUGGACAUCUCAGCCGAGCUGCGGCAGUACUUUGCUCAGACGGAGCAGCACAGGGAAGAGCUGAAGAGGCAGCACCAGAUAGAGGCAGAGCGACAGGAGGCCUACGUACCCGCCGACCAGGACCUGCGACGGGCCCCGCCCCGCAGUACCCUGCCCCCCACCGAACGGCCCGGCGAGAGGAGAAGCGCUGAGAUGAAGAGGCUGUACGGCAAGGAUGCCGCUCGCAUCCAGGGCAUGGAGACCGCCAUGCAGCUCACCUUUGACCGCAACUGCGACCGCAAGCAUCCCAAGUAUUGGCCUGUCAUCCCGUUAAAUCUGUAGUGGGGGUGUUGGCUGGAGUCUCAGUCGGAGAGUUUACUGCAAGCCAGCACAUCUGCUAAGCGCCAUAUGUUUUCUAAAUGCAUGGACAUGCUGUAUCAGUAAAAGCAUCAUUGUAAUAUACAUUGCUGCAAAUGUUGCAUUGUCAGCUUUUCUCAUGAAGUUCUGUAACUGUAAUGUUACUUGUAGUCAGUGUAGUCUGCCAAUUAUAUUUUAUUCAAGCAGCUGUCAACUUAUGUCUUGGUAAUUUAUGCCUCUUCAUUGUUGGACGUCAAGGUUAUUUGCUUGUUAGUAGUAGCCUCAGCUGUUGCUGUUAUGUUUCCGUAUAAGAUCAAAUAAAUCUAGUGAAGCAUCUGUG